CAGAUGGCUAAGAGCUAGCAAGGCAUAUUCGGGACCAUGAUGGCUCAGUUUCCCACAGCUAUGAAUGGAGGUCCAAACAUAUGGGCCAUCACCUCUGAAGAGCGGGCCAAGCAUGACAAGCAGUUUGACAGCCUUAAACCCACUGGAGGCUACAUUACAGGUGAUCAAGCACGUACCUUUUUUUUGCAAUCAGGCCUACCAGCUUCAAUCCUUGCUGAAAUAUGGACGCUAUCAGACCUGAACAAGGAUGGAAAAAUGGAUCAACUGGAGUUCUCUAUAGCCAUGAAACUCAUCAAGUUGAAAUUGCAAGGGCAGAAUUUGCCAGCAGUUCUCCCUCCUGUCAUGAAACAAACUCCAGUAUUUUCACCACUGAUGUCAGCUCGCUUUGGAAUGGGUAGUAUGCCAAAUCUGUCCAUGCCAACGUCUGUGUCUACGAUCACACCAUUAGCUCCCAUGUCUCUGACCUCCAUGACUUCCAUUCCUCCUUUGGUUCUCUCUACUCCCCUGGUGCCUUCUGUCAGUACCUCCUCGUUGCCAAAUGGAACAUCCAGCCUUCUGCAGCCUUUGUCCAUACCUUUCUCUUCAACACUGCCUCAUACUGGUUCUCUAGGUCCCAUGGCAGGAGGGUUUGGUGGUACUAGUAUCCAGAAGGCACAGUCACUCAUCGAUUUAGGAUCUAGCAGUUCAAAUUCUUCCUCUAGUGCUUCACUAACUGGGAAUUCACCAAAGAUUGCAUCCUCUGACUGGGCAGUUCCUCAGGCCUCCAGAUUAAAAUACAGGCAGAAAUUUAACAGUCUUGAUAAAAGUAUGAGUGGAUAUUUAUCAGGAUUUCAAGCAAGGAAUGCCCUUCUGCAGUCAAACCUUUCACAGACUCAGCUGGCUACUAUUUGGUCACUGGCUGAUAUUGAUGGAGAUGGGCAACUGAAAGCUGAUGAGUUUGUGUUAGCCAUGCACUUAACUGAUAUGGCCAAAGCUGGACAACCUCUGCCCCUAACUCUGCCUCGUGAGCUGGUACCACCUUCUUUCAGGAGUGGAAAAUAUACUGAAAACAUAAAUGGAACUCUGCCAUCUUAUCAGCCGGUGCAAGAGGAGGAGCCACAAAAAAAACAGCCAGUGACAUUUGAAGACAAAAGGAAAGCCAACUAUGAGAGGGGAAAUAUGGAGCUGGAAAAACGCCGUCAGGUCCUGUUGGAGCAGCAGCAGAGAGAGGCCGAACGUAAGGCUCAGAAAGAGCGAGAAGAGCGAGAGCGAAGAGAGAGGGAGCGGCAGGAGCAGGAGCGGAAAAAGCAGCUGGAAGUAGAGAGGCAGCUGGAGAGACAACGAGAGUUGGAAAGACAAAGGGAAGAAGAAAGGAGGAAAGAAAUAGAAAGGCGGGAGGCAGCAAAACAAGAGCUGGAGCGCCAGCGACGACUGGAGUGGGAGAGGAUUCGUCGCCAGGAACUUCUCAAUCAGCGUAACAGGGAACAAGAAGAAAUUGUCAAGUUGACCUCUAAAAAGAAGAGCCUUAAUCUUGAAUUGGAAGCCCUGACGGACAAACAUCAGCAAAUCUCAGGCAGAUUGCAGGAUAUUCGAAGCAAAAAACAAAUGAGGAAAACUGAACUGGAGGCUUUAGAUAAGAAAUACGACCAAGGAAUCAUGGAAGUCAAGCAGCUACAACAAGAGCUUCAGGAGUAUCAGAAUAAACUCAUCUAUUUAGUUCCUGAAAAGCAGUUGUUAAGUGAAAGAAUUAAAAACUCUCAACUUGAAAACACUCAGA